GGGCGGACUCGGCCCCCGCCGGCCGGAGUUCCCUCACUCUGCCGGACUGUCGCUCCGCGGCCGUCUCCCGCCCCCCCAAGCGGACGCUGGGAGUCGAGGCCCGGGGUGCGGGGCGCCAUGGAGGGCUGCCGCCUGACGGGCGCCGUGGCCGAGGGGCUGGCCGGCUGAGAGGGCCCGCGCCGGGCGGAGGCAUGCGGAGCCCCGGCGGGAGUCUGCUCCAGGCGCUCCCCCGGCUCCUGCAGCACGCCGUCCGCCCGGGCCGCGCCGAGCUGCCGUCCGGCUGGGCCCUGGCGCGGGCGGCGGGCGGGGACGACCCGGCGGACCGCCUCCCCCGCGGGGGCGGGGCGAGCGCGGCGGCGGCGGCGGCGGCGGCCUCGGGCGCCCUGCUCGGCGCCUAUCUGGAGCGCCACGGUCAGCCCGCGGCCUCUGAGGUGUCGGCGCCGGGCGGGGCCUUGGCGGGCGGCUCCGGGAGCGGCGGCGGCGGCGGAGUGGUGGUCGGGGUGGCCGAGGUGAGAAACUGGCGCUGCUGCUGCCUCGGCAGCACCUGUUGGUGCCGGAGCCUCGUGCUGGUCUGCGUACUGGCCGCCCUGUGCUUCGCUUCUCUGGCCCUGGUCCGCCGCUACCUGCAGCACCUCCUUCUCUGGGUGGAGAGCCUUGACUCGCUGCUGGGGGUCCUGCUCUUCGUUGUGGGCUUCAUCGUGGUCUCGUUCCCCUGCGGCUGGGGCUACAUCGUGCUCAACGUAGCCGCCGGCUACCUGUAUGGCUUCGUGCUGGGCAUGGGUCUGAUGGUGGUGGGCGUCCUCAUCGGCACCUUCAUCGCCCAUGUGGUCUGCAAGCGGCUGCUCACCGCCUGGGUGGCCGCCAAGAUCCAGAGCAGCGAGAAGCUGAGCGCCGUUAUUCGCGUCGUGGAGGGAGGAAGCGGCCUGAAGGUGGUGGCACUGGCCAGAUUGACCCCCAUACCUUUUGGGCUUCAGAAUGCAGUGUUUUCGAUUACUGAUCUCUCAUUACCCAACUAUUUGAUGGCAUCUUCAGUUGGACUGCUUCCUACCCAGCUUCUGAAUUCUUACUUGGGCACCACCCUGCGGACAAUGGAAGAUGUCAUUGCAGAACAGAGUGUUAGUGGAUAUUUUGUUUUUUGUUUACAGAUUAUUAUAAGUAUAGGCCUCAUGUUUUAUGUAGUUCACCGAGCUCAAGUGGAAUUGAAUGCAGCUAUUGUAGCUUGCGAAAUGGAACUGAAAACCUCUCUGGUUAAAGGCAAUCAACCAAAUACGAGUGGCUCUUCAUUCUACAGCAAGAGGACCCUAACAUUUUCUGGAGGUGGAAUCAAUAUUGUAUGAUUCUAAAGAAAUGUAUGAUUGUCAAGAGCCUAGCGUGCUGUCCAAGGUCUAGCAGUCACUUCACUAAUGGGCAGAGACAAGUUCUAUUUCUAUUACGGCACAAAAAAAAACUGACUAGUUUUUAAUUGCACAGUUUUUUUUAAAGCAAGAAUCAUUUUCUGGAUAUAUAAGUGUAAAUGUAGAUGCAAUUUUGGCUGCACCUCUUUAUCAUGCCUGUAAUGGCCUAUAGGUCUGCACUUUAGUGUUUUUUAAUUAUUUUAUUUCUGGGUACUUAUGAACAGAGAAAUAACCCAAAUAUUUUUUCUGCUUAGUGUCUUUAUUUAUAAAGUAUACAUCUUCCUUACUUAUAAAACUGAGUUAAAGUAUGCAGUCUUAAAUGUAUAAUAUUAUUGGAUGUUCUUUGCUUAGUCUUCGGAAGGAAUAAACAGUGUUUUUUAUUUUGUUUUGUUGUGUUAAGUGGGACCACUUUGUUUCCCUUUUCUGUGUUAGAAAACAGACAUUAACUUUCAGUUGAAUGUAUUUUUUGCAAGCAUCACAUAAUUGCAGGGCCAUUUACACCUUUUCAUACAAGCUUAAAUCCUACAUUGUGGGACUGAAGUGCUCUUAAAAUAACCUUUUUUAUUUUCACUGUGUAAUAUGCAAAGCAAAAGGGAAAUUAUUUAGCGGGUGGUGGCUGAAAAUUAGAACUCAUGUUCUAAUUUGAUUACAUUGGCUUUACCCUCCUUAGAUCUUCCAUCAAAGGGCUGUCCCAUUGCAAUCUUACUAAAACAUUUUAUUAAACUUUUUUUCUUUUUAUAUUAAUAAUUAGGCUUUGAAGUAAAAAUAUUAUUCCUUUAAAAUGGUGGGCUUGCCAUCAUUGAAGAUGUCACUCAGGUGGCCUUGUUUAGCCUUUUUUAAAAAUCAAGCUUUAAAAUCAUCUUUAUAGUUCCAUUGAAGUACUUAUAUAAUUGUCCCCACAGUCUUCAACUUUAGAACUAUAAAUAUAAUAUUAAUUUAAUGCCCAGAUUUGUGUUAUUUACCUUACUAUAGGUAAGUUCAUUUUGUUUUGUUUUGUUUUGGUAUAUGUUUUUCUCUGAUAAGACUCAGGAAUUCUGAAAUGUGAAAUUAAGUGUCUCAAUUCUUUCUCUUGUAGCAUGAAUCAAGUGUAUUUAUUAGUAGCACUUAUGACUAUUGACACAGUAAUUCAGCAUAUGAUUCAUGACAUGUGCAGCAUUCAUCAGUCACCUUUAUUUUUAAAGUAGUUUAAUUGUGAACUUAAUGAUGAGUUUAUUUACAAAUAAGGUUUUAGACAUUAGUGCAAAUUUUCCAGUAGGUGUCUCUUUUUUGGCUAUGAAUAUUUAACUUAUCAGAGAUCUCUCAUUUGCCUGUUAAUUAGGGUGACACCUUUGCCCUGUUUAACUGAAAUACAAAGUACCCUUUUGGAAACAAAUGAUUAUAUUCCUAUGCUACAGAAUUUGAUCAUAAGGCUUUUUCUUUUUUUUUCCCCCUAUUCAGGUACAAUUGUUUUCCUUUCCUUCAUAAUGAAUACAUUCUCUUACCUUUAAGUAAUGGUAGAAGACUUUAGUGCACAAUGUUCUGAGAGACACUUGGAUCUCAGCACUUGAUUGGCCCAGCCUUCAAAUUCUUCCUUCUAUUAUUGAUAGAAAAAAACAUUACAGAUAACAUUGAAAUAUUCUUUUUCAUUUAUUUGAGUCCUAAUACUUAUUUAGAUUUAAAAAAAAUGAUUUUAGUGUAACAAUCCCAGUGAACAAUAUAUUUGAUUUAUUCUUUUCUGUCUGA